AUGGUCACUGUAAACACCGCCUGGGCCAUUGUGCUUUGGAGCUAUACGGGAGAGGAACGUAUCGCUUUCCCAUCGCUGAGUAUCACCGAUGACAGCCAGAAAUGGCAGCAUUGCGAAGCAUCCGUUGACUGGACAUCGAAGAUUUCCUCAGUGCUUCAACGCGUACAGAGUGGCACGAAGCAGCGCUCUCCUCUCCUGAAUACGGUAACCGUGUUCAAGAGCGGUGAUCCGUGUUGCACAACCUCCAUAGGUGGUCCUCACUUGACCGGAUUAGUCUGCGGUCUUCCAGAAAUAUCCCUCGACUGCGCUGUGGAAUUCGACCAAGGCGUUGUCGACAGAAAGCAGGCAGAGAGAUUGGCCGCUGCGUUUGCCCAUGUUAUGGAUCUUAUCUUGUCAACGCCAGACAAGAUGCUGGCCUCGGUUGAUAUCGUCAGCGACCACGACAAAGCAGAGCUAUGGACUUGGAAUAAGGCCCAAGCACCAGAGGCUAUCAAUAGUUGUGCCCAUAUACUCUUCCAGCGCCAGGUUGCUAUGCAGCCGACUGAGACGGCCGUGGACGCCUGGGAUGGGUCUUUCACUUACGAAGCACUUGACCGUAUCUCUACUCUGAUUGCACACCACCUGGUUGCCCAAGGUGUCGGCCCAGAGUCCAUGGUACCCCUCUGCUUCGACAAGUCAUGCUGGGCCAUCGCCGCGCUGAUGGGCGUCAUCAAAGCCGGCGGGGCAAUGGUAUUUAUUGAUCCGGCAAAUCCCGCCAACCGCAGGCGAGAAAUUAUGAGCCAACUCAACGGCGACUAUAUCCUCACCAACUCGAACCACGCGGCAUCCUGGGAGAGCAUGGGUGUAAGACCCAUCAUCAUCGAUGGCAAAUUGAUCGACUGUCUGCGAGAAUUUGGCGCCUCACCACGUACUGGUGUUUCGCCCGAGAAUCUCCUCUACGUCGUCUUCACCUCUGGGACCACCGGUAAACCCAAAGGUUGCCUGAUCACCCACAAAGCCUUCCUUUCCGGAGCACUACAGCAUGCUGCUAAGUCGAAUCUGGGCCCGCGAACUCGAGUCAUGCAGCUAGCAUCUUACAGUUUUGAUGUGAGCGUGUUGGAGAUUCUGACUUCUUUGAUCUCCGGUGCGUGCGUUUGCACUCCCGAUAGCGCGGCAAUGACACAGGGGCUCGCCUCUAUCAUAAACAGCUACCAGAUCACUUGGGCGUUCCUCACGCCAUCGCUGGUCAAACUCGUCAAACCCUACGAAGUUCCUAGCCUUAAGACAUUGAUUUUGGGAGGAGAGAAACUUCACAAGGCCGACAUCGAGAAGUGGGCUGCACAUUUGCAGCUGGUUAACGGAUAUGGCCCAUCAGAGUGUUCUAUCGCCGCAGCUGGUGAUCCCCAUCUUACCCCCGAUAGCGAUCCUGCAAAUAUUGGCCGGAGUGUUGGCGGGCUUGCCUGGAUUGUCCAACCCGAUAAUCAUAACAGACUCGUCCCAAUUGGUGCUGUGGGUGAACUCCUCAUAUCUGGGCCCAUCCUCGCUCGUGGGUACCUGAACAAUCCGGAGCAGACGGCGAAGCACUUCAUCAAGGAUCCCGGCUGGACGCAGCACUGGGCCAAAGGACACGCCAGUGUUAGCCAUUUCUACAAGACUGGUGAUUUGGCCAGGUUUAACUCGGAUGGCACGAUCCAUUUCAUUGGCCGCAAAGACACCCAGGUUAAACUUCGAGGAUUAAGGAUCGAGUUAGGGGAGAUUGAGCACAGCAUAUCUAAGCACCAACAUGCCAAGCACAUCGCCGUAAGCCUACCAAAGCAUGGCCCGUGCAAAGACAGACUCGUCGCUGUCUUGUCACUCCGAGACUUCUCCAAGGAGGCCAAACCGGGCGCUGCCAACCCUCCUCUUAACAUCUUGACCGGUUCGAGGGUCAAGUCUCAGACGGAGGCUAUUCGGAACCAUCUGGCGCAAUGCGUACCUGAAUAUAUGAUUCCGUCGAUGUGGAUCGUCGUUGAAACCUGGCCUCUCCUGGCCUCAGCCAAGUUGGACCGCAAAUAUGUUCAGAGCUGGUUAGCGGAUAUGAAUGAUGAUGUCUAUCACAGUCUAAUUGGAUUGGACGACAUCCAGACGAAUGAUGCACAACUCUCUCCGGUUGGCCAUACACUUCGCAACAUCUUCGGCCGCGUUUUAAACAUAUCGGCUGACCUUAUUCCACUUGACAAACCAUUCCUCGGCCUAGGCGGGGAUAGCAUAAGUGCUAUGCAAGUCAUGGCCCAGUGCAGGAACUCUGGAAUUUCUGUGACAGUCAAAGACAUCCUGAGAAGCAGAAACAUUCCAGAACUUGCGCUGAGCGCAGGUCGUGUGACGAAAUCAACCUUCUCAUAUGACGAAAAGUUCGAUCACCCAUUCCAACUAUCUCCUAUCCAGCGUAUGUAUGCCAGCAAACUCCGCUCGGUACACGAGGAGCUACCGGAGGUCCAUUUUAACCAAAGCUUCUUCAUCCGUCUUACCAAAACCAUCCCUCGGUCAGUCAUCAAAGCCGGGCUGAAUGCCGUUGUCUCGAGGCACUCGAUGCUUAGAGCCCGUUUCUCGUCGGAAUCAGGGGUUUGGACCCAGAGGGUUCUAUCUCAAGCAGAAGGAUCCUACCGCUUCAAAUUUCAUGAUCUCAGAUCAAUCGAGGAUGCGGGAUCUGUUGGCAUGUUAUCUCAGCGAACAUUGGGGCUUAAAGGGCCUGUAUUUUCCGUCGAUUUGCUAGAUGUGGACAACCAGCAAUACCUUUUCAUGGUAGGGCACCACGCCAUCAUCGACUGGGUGUCGUGGAGGAUUCUCCUUCGCGAUCUAGAGACUUUCUUCGCCACUGGUUCUCUUGGGCCGGAGCGCCCGUUCCCAUUCCAGAAUUGGAUCGACCUGCAAGCCGAUCAUGCUUCUAAACACGGCGAUCCGGAUGAAGCACUGCCUUUCGAAGUUCCCUCGCCAGACUUCCAAUAUUGGGGAAUGGACGGGAAGCCUAAUCCUCUGUCUGAAACCAGUGAAGGGAUCUUCACGUUAGACAAGGAGUCGACGGCCCUGCUCCUCGGCGGCGAGCCGCAUAGAGCUUUACGUACCGAGACUCUGGAUUUCUUAUUGGCAAGCUUGUUCUACUCUUUUGCUCAAGUUUUUGAUGAUAGAGAGCUCCCCGCCAUCUUUCGCGAGGGUCACGGGAGAGAACCCUGGGAUCCGGCAUUGGACGUGUCCGAAACUGUCGGCUGGUUUACAACGAUGUAUCCUCUAGCCAUAACCGCAACAACAGGUGCAGAGGAUGCCCUGGUUGCUACACUGAAAAAGGUCAAGGAUGUCCGCCACAGAGUGCCCGGUAAUGGACGUCCAUACUUUGCCUCGCGGUUCUACAACGAACGCACCGCCGAGAAGUUCCAGGAUCACAACUCAAUCGAGAUUUCCUUCGAUUAUCUCGGACAGUUCCAAGCCCUUGAUCGCCCGGAGGCGAUAUUGAGACAGGAGGUCCGCCCUUCGUUCCUCCCGCAAUCUGACGACAUCGGUAAGAACGUCGACAGAUUGUCUCUGAUCGAGAUUACAGCGGAAGUGAUAGACGGAGAGAUGCGGUACACUUUCGUCUACAACAGGCACAUGAGGAAUCAAAACAGGAUCCAAGCGUGGAUCGAGGCUACGAAACAGGCAUUAAACAAACUUGUUGUGGGAAUGCUCACUGCUCCCAUCGAUUUCACCCUAGCUGACUUUCCCCUCUUGUCGAUGACUUACGACGGCCUGAGCAAUCUCCUGGAACAUCGACUUCCUCAGUCCGGCUUCCAGGAUCUAGAGAACAUCGAGGACAUAUACCCCUGCUCACCCAUGCAGCACGGGCUCCUGGUUAGUCAGAGCCUGUCUGGUGACGGCGUUUAUGAAUACCGGCAUCAAAUGGAAAUCGUGCCCCGUGACAGCUCGAACAACCUUAUCGAUGCUGAGCACGUCGCCGAAGCUUGGACGCGAGUGGUACAGUGGCACUCUUCUCUUCGGACCGUUUUCGUCGAGAGCUCGGCCCAGGAUGGUGUCUUCGAUCAACUUGUUCUCAGAUCCGUUUCUGCCAACGUUGUUGUUGUGGAUUGCGAUGAACGGGAUGUUGCCCAUGCUUUCCAGAGCCAAAAGCCGAUUUCUUUCCGCAGCCAGCAACCACCGCAUCGUCUAACUAUUUGCCGCGUCGCUGUUGACAAGCUCGUCUGCCAACUGGAGAUCAAUCACGCAAUAGUUGAUGGGAGCUCUAUUGCAAAUAUCGUCCGCGAUCUAUGUCUAGCCUACGAAGGGGGGUUGACUAUACAGCCACGCUUCAAAUUUAGCGACUACAUCGCGUAUAUCAAGAGCAAACCCGACGUUGGGGCAAGGGAUUUCUGGCGACAACAGCUCAAAGGCCAAUUACCGUGUCUAUUUCCAGCACUGGCCCCCCUCGAAGGCCCCGUCGGUGGGAAGGCAGUGGGCCAAUUCGAAGUUGACAUUAGUCUUUCUGCGGAAGAAGUGAAGGCCUUCUGUGAACGAUCUAAUAUUACGCCACUUAGUCUCUUUCAAGUAGCCUGGGGAAUGGUCUUGAAAGUAUACACCGAGUCAAGUAAGGUCUCCUUUGGAUACCUAUCAUCCGGCCGAGAUGCCAGUUUGCCCGGUAUCGAGAACGGAGUAGGUGCCUUUAUGACCAUGCUGGUGUGCGGUCUCGACCUUUCCGAAUGCAAGCUCUCCGACGUGCUCCAGAAAACCGCUGAAGAUUUUAUCAAGAGCCUGCCUCACCAAUAUUGCGGACUGGCCAAUAUACAACGCUCUCUUGACUUGGGAAACAGUCCCUUAUUCAAUACUAUCUUGUCUUUCCAUCGGGAUGAUGAUGUUCCCGAGCUGAAUGCUUCAGGGAUUGCAAUUAAGAGCCUUAAAGCUCACGACCCGACCGAGUAUGCAUUGAGUCUGGACGUUGGGCUUCUCAAGAGUACCCUCGCUGUCACGAUGCAAUUCUGGACAGAUCAUUUGACGAGGGAACAAGUUCGCAGUAUUGCUAGCGCAUUGGACAAGGCACUCAGCACAAUCGUUCACCAUCCCGACAUCGAUAUUGGAGAGGCAGAGCUGGUAAGCCAGUUUCACGUCGACAAAAUGCUGCAAUUCAACGGCAACGGGGAGCCUCUCCCCACGUCUAACCGUCUCGUGUUCACCGACAUUGAGAAAAAUGCACGCAUCCAACCGGAAGCUGAAGCUAUCUGUGCAUGGGAUGGCUCAUGGACCUACAAAGAUCUUGACGAUGUUACGACUCGUCUUGGGCACCACCUUCGAAGCGUAGGCGUUGGUCCAGAAGUUAUCGUUCCUUAUGUGUUCUACAAAUCGGCUUGGGCCGCUAUAGCCAUGAUUUCCAUCACAAAGGCUGGAGGGGCAUUCGUCGGUCUCGACCCGACUCACCCGCGUCAUCGUCUGGAGAAUCUCGUGGCUGAUGUCAACGCAACGGUGAUCUGCGUUAGCCCCGAGACAGCUGACCUCGUCAAGGGGAUGGACCGAGUGAAAAAGCUUGUGGUUAUCGACGCGGAUUUUGCUCGUCGGUUGCCAACCAAGGAUGGGCCUCCAUGCCCCGAGGUGAGGCCGUACAAUCUAUCAUGCGUCGUCUUUUCCUCGGGGACAACUGCGAAACCUAAGACUAUUGCCCUUGAGCAUUCGUCCAUGUCAACUAUGGCAGACUUGUUGGGUCCUCCCUUCAUGUUGGAUCAAAACUCCCGCGUCUUCCAGUUUGCAGCCUAUCCCUAUGACGUCUCGAAUCACGAUGUUCUGGUAACCUUGCAGCGUGGGGGGUGCGUGUGCAUUCCAUCGGAAGACGAACGGAUCAAUGACCCGGGAAGUGCCAUACAGCGAUUGCGCGCUAACUGGGCAGCCCUGACAACGACUGUUCUCAAGUUAUUGCAUCCCAAACGGGUUCCAUCCUUGAAGUUCAUUAGUUGCGGCGGGGAGCCCAUGGACAGAGAGACGGUUGAAACUUGGGCCGGAGCUGGGGAUCUGGUGAAUGGCUAUGGCCCAGCUGAAACCGCCGUCACGGUGACUGUCAGCACGCCAUUGACUGUUAAUUCCAGCUCCUCCAACAUCGGGAGGCCGUAUGGCAGUCGAGCCUGGGUUGUAGAUGUGAGCAACUACAACAAAUUGGUACCUCUCGGGGCCGCUGGAGAACUUCUACUUGAGGGCCCCCAACUGGCAAGGUGCUACCUAAACAACCCGGAAGGUACAUCGAAAGCUUUCGUUCACAACCCCAAGUGGGCGCAAGCGAUGACUCCUGGUUUAAACCGUCGAUUCUAUAGAACCGGCGAUAUCUGUCGCUUUAACUCUGACGGUACCCUGAGCAUCAUGGGUCGACGGGACACGAUGAUAAAGGUGAAUGGACAGCGUGUAGAGCUUGACGAGAUCAAUUAUCAAGUUCAAUCUCAUCUUGGCAAGAAGGCAGCAGUGGUUGUUGAUGGGUUUCCGCUCAAGGCCGACUCCAAGAGCCUGACACUCGCUGCGUUUUUAUGUUACCCGCAAUCAACGCUGGCUUCAGCGUCCCCGGCCGAUCCCCAGUCUCUGAUACUAGACGUCAGUGACGAGCUAUCACUCCAGCAUGCGACACUACGCAGCUCCCUGCAAAGCCGGCUACCAAAGUACAUGAUUCCCUCCAUGUAUAUCCCAGUUUCCACAAUCCCCCCAACUAGAAACGGAAAGCUUGACCGCCGUCGGAUCCGCGAAGUGGUCUUGAACCUCUCUGAAAGCCAAAUUGCGCGCUACUCGCUUCAGGAUAUCGUGAAGAGAGAGCCCGAGACGGAAGCUGAGAUGGUUCUUCAGGCACUCUGGAGUGAAGUUCUACGCAGGCCCAUCGAAAAUAUUGGAGCAAACGACGAUUUCUUCCAUAUCGGCGGUGACUCAUUCGGCGCUAUGAAGCUGGUUGCCGCAGCUCGCAUGCGCAAUCUGACAAUCACCGUCCCCGACAUUUUCAAGUCCUCGAAGCUGUCGGAUAUGGCCUUAACCCUUGUCAAGGGAGGGGAGAAUGGAAUCCUAGGCGCAGACCCAACAGAGGCCAAGCCUUUUGAUCUUCUCUCCCAUCUAAGCCCCGAGUCACUGCAUCGUGUCAAGAGAGAGGUCGCGCAACAAUGUGGCGUAAAUGAUGAUCAAGUUAUCGACAUUUACCCCUGCACGCCGUUACAGGAAGGCCUUAUGGCUCUUUCUACUCGCCUCGGCCGGGGUGCAUACAAGGCACAAAAGGUGUUCCGCUUGACGAGUAACGAUUUUGAUACCUCUCGCUUCAAGAAUGCAUGGAACAGGGUUGCUGCGUCAGAAGCGAUCCUCCGCACGCGGAUUGUCAACACUAAUGACGCCGGGACACUGCAAGCGGUUCUCGAUGGAGAUCUCGAGUGGUGUGAAACGGAUGAGAGCCUCGACACGUAUCUCGACAAGGACAUGAAAACUCCAAUUACGUACGGUGGUCCACUUUUGAGACUUGCUCUGGUCAAUAACCCCAAGGAGCGCUACUUCGUGUGGUCUGCCCAUCAUGCUGUAUAUGAUGGGUGGAGUGCUGCGAUCACGUUUGACCAAGUUCAACGUGCUUUGGCCGAUGACCUACGUCUACCCAAGCACGUCCCGUACAAGGAGUUUAUCAAGUACUUCUCCGAGAGGAAUUCGAGUGAGCAGAGGGCCUUUUGGGAGUCUCAGUUCCCAGAUGAGAAGGGCAUUCCAACAAGCUUCCCGGCGGUCCCUAUGGGGUAUAUCCCCAAAACUCAUGAAACACUGAGAAGCCGAGUUUCAGCCAAGGUGAAGGGCCUUACUCCCGAGGGGGGGAAUAUUACUGCCUCAACCGUCCUUCGCGCGGCUUGGGCCUCCGUCAUCUCGAGAUACGGCCAAGCCAAUGACAUUGUUUUCGCAGUGACUUUGUCUGGUCGCACCGCGCCAGUGCCCGGCAUCUCCAGUAUGAAUGGACCUACCAUCACCACGGUCCCCGUCAGAGUUGAACUCGACGUCACCGGCGAAACAACUAUCCAGCAAUUCCUCUCUACCUUGCAUAGCCAGGCCACAUCUAUCAUGCCCUUCGAGCAGGUUGGGUUACAGAACAUUCGAUCACAAGGGGAAACCGCGCGCGCCGCGAUCGACAAUAUUGCAAACUUGCUCGUCAUACAACCUUCAACUUCGGAUAGUAAUGAAGAAAAUUUCGAUGGUAUGGAAGUCGUCCCCAGAAACCUCGACGAAUUUGACAGUUACCCGUUGGUAAUGUCAUGUUGCAUGAGCGACGACGGUACCACCGACUUGGAGGUCAAAUAUGACCAGUCGAUCAUCCCGAGAACACAGAUGCAGCGAAUCAUCCGUCAGUUCGACUUUACACUUCGGCAGAUGUGUAGUAGCAGUCUGAACACAAGACUCAGAGAGAUUGGUGUGGUUAACCCAGGGGAUUUGAACGAAAUCAUGAGAUGGAACGGCGCGCUUCCAGAGACAAUCAACGCUUGCAUCCACCACGUCGUCGCCGCCCGCACCGAGAAGAGACCAGGUGCUCACGCCGUGUGUGCCUGGGAUGGUAACUUCACAUACAAGGAGCUAGAUCAUGUCUCUGUUAAGCUUGCAUCUCACCUUCAAAGCCUGGGAGUAGGCCCCGAAACCAAGAUCGGCCUCUGCUUCGAGAAGUCUAAGUGGAACGUCGUCGCCAUGCUGUCUGUGUUGAAGGCAGGUGGCGCAUACACCCACUUAAAUCCCUCAUAUCCCGCUUCUAUGAUGGAGGGAAUUUUGGGUGAUCUCGGCGCGAGAAUUGUCGUCUGUUCGCCUCAGCAUGCCCCGCUACUAGCAGGAGUCGUUCCGGACGUUGUGAUUGUAGAUCAGAACACCAUUGACCGACUUCCAAUUCCUGCAGAUCCUGUCAGAUCCUCCACACGCCCUGAUAAUUCAGCCUUCGUCGUCUUCACCUCCGGCUCAACAGGAAAGCCAAAGGGUGUAACGGUUGAGCACCGCGGUUUCUGCUCCAUGCAGCAUUAUCAAGCACCACGAUUGACAAUAGGGGAGAAGACAAGGACGCUCCAGUUUGCGGCCCACUGGUUCGAUAUAUCUAACGCAGACACCUUCAUCACCCUGAUGAGAGGAGGGUGCGUUUGCGUUCCUUCGGAGGAAGAAAGACUCAGUAAUCUUGCCGGGGCUAUUAACAAGUAUAAGGUCAAUUGGGCUACCAUGGUGCCAACCGCCGCCGCAAUACUCAGGCCGGAUGAGGUUCCUAACCUUACGCACCUAUCCCUUGGUGGGGAGGCCAUACGCCCCGACCUGUACGAACGGUGGAGUCGCCGCGUAGUAUUGAUGAAUUCCUACGGACCGGCCGAGUGCAGUGUCUUGACGACCAUGGGAAGCCUGGUGCCCGGUGUCUCACCUCAGAACAUAGGAGUAGGCCUAGGCUGCCGAACGUGGAUUACUGAUCAGAGCGAUCACAACCGACUAGUGUCCAUUGGCUGCAUCGGAGAGCUCUGCGUGGAGGGACCCAUUGUUACAAGAGGAUAUCACAACAAUACCACCAUCACGGCUCAGGCCUACAUUGGCAAUCCGGAAUUCGCGAAACGGCUAGGCAUUGACGACAUGCGCAUAUACAAGACCGGGGACCUAGUUCGUUACGAGUCUGACGGCACUUUGUUCUAUAUUGGACGCAAAGACGGCCAAGUCAAGAUUCACGGCCAAAGAAUCGAGUGCGGCGAGGUCGAACACCACAUUGUGGCGAAUGGCUUCCCAGUUGAUGCUGUUGUCGUGGAAAGAGUCUAUGAAGGCGGGGACGAGGACAAGUCCGCUUUAGCAGCCUUUAUUAAUCUGGGCUCUAGUGACAGCAAGGAAAAGAAAAAGGAAGACUUUCAGCUGUCCACUGAGCUUUCGGCCGAAGAGAAGCGUCGCCUACUCGACCUGCGUCUGGCUCUGUGCAACGUCCUGCAGCCUUACAUGGUGCCAUCUCUCUUCAUCGCCCUGAGAGAAAUGCCGCUCACACAGACUGGCAAGAGAGACCGCAAGACGCUUCGGCAAGCGGGCGCCCAUCUUUCUCCAAGCCAGCUUGAACAAUAUCGCCUUGUGGGCGCAGGUGUCGAAGAAGACCACCACGGGACAGUUUGCUCGACGGAAUCGGAACUGCUACUACGGGCUCUCUGGGGUGAAGUACUUGGUCUUUCCCCAGAGUCUAUCCGGGCAAAUGACAACUUUUUACAAAAGGGCGGUGACUCCAUUCGAGCCAUUGCGCUCUCAUCGGCAGCUCGCCGGGCUAGGAGGUGCCUUACGGUCGGAGACAUCUUCCGAUACCCGUGUCUGCACCAAAUGGCAACGCGUUUGGAACGUGAUGGAACUGAUGUGGACCAGCCAAUCCUUCCAUUCUCCCUCGUCCGCGAAGACGCUGCCACGAUAGUCAAUCAUGCUGCCGAAGAGUGCGGUGUCCAGAAGGACAUGAUCCAGGAUGUUUAUCCUUGCACGCCUCUUCAAGAAGGGUUGAUGGCGAUUUCAACGCGCGUUCCUGGCGCUUAUAUUGCGACUCGAAUAUUCACUCUUCCCAAAUGUGUCGAUUUAGAUGCGUUUAAACGAGCCUGGGAGAAGGCAGUGGACAUGUUCCCGAUACUGAGGACAAGAAUAAUUUUAGGACCACAUUUGGAAUCUCUCCAAGUAGUCCUCAGUGAACCAUUGGGCUGGGGUGAAAUUAACGGUUCCGUCAAGACCUAUUUGGCUCAAUUCGGUCUAUCUCGUGUCGAGUACGGACAGCCGCUCGCCUCAUACGCCAUCUCCACUCGAUCACGCAAGUUCGUCUGGAUCUCUCACCACGCCUUGUACGAUGGAUUCAGCGCCGCGCGGCUGCUCUCUACGGUCGAAAAGCUCUACCGUGGGGAGCCGGUCCCAGUUGGUCCGACCUUCACCAAAUUCAUCCACUAUCUCGCAAACAUCGAUGCAAGCCAGUCUGAUGCUUUCUGGCGUGAAAAGCUGAGCAGUGGCUCGCUCUCUAGUUUCCCACAUCUCCCAUCGGCUGCGUAUCAAGCCCAACCGAACUCAGAGUUCAUCGACUCAUUCACCAUGCCACACAAUAAGGCAACCGGCAUUUUAAAAGCAACCAUACUGAGAGCUGCAUGGGGCUUGGUUACUGCGAGAUACAUGGAAAGCAAUGAUAUCGUCUACGGAGAAACACUCUCAGGCCGCAAUGUCCCUGUUACAGGGAUCGAGGACAUGAUGGCACCAACCUUCACCACCGUGCCCAUCCGGAUACAGCUUGAUCAUAGCGAAUCUGUGGGACAGUUUUUGAACCGCGUCCAAGAAGAUUCUGCGGCCCUAAUUCCUUUUCAACAUCAUGGCCUUCAAUCCCUCAGGCGCCUAGGCUCCGAAGUAUAUGGCUCAUUGGAGUUCAAUAACCUCUUUGAGGUCCAGGAGGGCUCCAAGAAGAACCAAGACGAUUUCCUUGUUGAGGUUCAAGACAAGCAACUCCUGAAGGGUUUCUUUGAUUCGUAUGCUGUCAUAAUGGAGUGCGUCAUUGGGGAUGAUGAAACAGUUACUGUUGAAGCUCGAUACGAUGACACUGUUUUAAACGCCUGGCAGAUGGAGAGAUUAUACCGUCAGUUCAGCCACGUCGCCCGGCAACUCUGCACGGGGAACGCUACUAUGCUGCUCUCCGACAUUGACAUGAUCUGUCCCGAAGAUGUUUCAAAGAUCCAAUCUUGGAAUGAGAAGGACGACAUGCAGUGUGUCGAGUCAACUGUUCAUGAAGUAUUUGCUGAGCAGGUCCGCCUUCACCCUCAGGAUACGGCCAUUUCGGGCUGGGAUGGCGAUAUGACAUAUCAGGAACUCGACGAUCUUUCCACGAAUCUCGCCAAGUCUUUGGUAUUACGGGGCGUCAGGAAAGAAGAUAUCAUUCCCGUCUGCUUUGAAAAGUCAAAGUGGGCCAUUGUUGCGGCGAUGGGCGUUGUCAAGGCCGGAGGAGCCGUAGCUCAGCUAGGUAUAUCCCAACCACUGAGCCGGAGUCGGGAGGUUUUGGAAGACACCAACGCUAAAUUUGUGAUCACGUCACGACAACAACAAACGUCAUUCAACGGUGUUAUCGAUACGGUGGUUGUCGAUGAACAGGCCAUCCGUGAUCAUAUGUGUCAGGGGGAGGCGAAACUACCAGAGGUCACGCCUUCGAACGCGGUGUAUGUGCUCUUCACUUCUGGCAGCACUGGCCGCUCCAAGGGCAUAGUAGUCGAACACCGGAACCUUUGUACCAGCUCCAGAGCCCAUGGAGUCCAUUUAGGUAUCAACCGGGGCACUAGAGUUUUCCAAUUUGCCGCCUACACCUUUGACAUCAGCUGCGCCGACAUCUUCACCACUUUACAGCGCGGGGCAACGGUCUGCAUUCCUUCGGAAGAAGAACGGAUCAACGAUCUUUCCGGCGCAGUCACGAAAUAUAAGGCGGACUGGAUGUUUUUAACACCUACGGUUGCGCAAAUGGUUUCUCCCGGUUCGGUCCCUACACUCCGCACCCUUGUUCUGGGUGGAGAGGCACCGACCGAAGAAAAUAUCAAGACAUGGUCUGACAAGUUGAGACUUAUUCUCAUCUGGGGCCCGGCAGAAACUACCAUAUACGCCACUGGAACACCUCCCACAACUAUGGAGACAUCGCCAGCGCGACUUGGAAACACCAUGGCGUGCCACGUGUGGCUCUGCGAACCUCAAGACCACAACAAGCUUACUCCUCUUGGGUGUGUGGGAGAAAUCGUCGUCGAAGGCGGUUUGGUAUCCCGCGGCUAUUUGAAUGAUAAAGUCAAGACAGCCGCCUCGUACAUCCUGGACCCCGAGUGGAUCACCAAAAAGGGGUUGGGCGAUAGUGGCGACAAGCCUCGUCGCAUGUACAAGACAGGUGACCUCGCCCGCUAUGAUGAGGAUGGCGUCCUGCGGUAUGUCAGCAGGAAGGACAAUCAGGUCAAGCUACAUGGUCAACGCCUUGAACUAGGGGAGGUCGAGCAUCUUAUCCUAAAACAUUCGCAUGUUCGUCACGCUGUGGCUCGGAUUCCUCGUGCCGGACCAUUGAAGGACAAGCUCGUGGCCACCUUAAGCUUCCAUCGCCUCUUAACACAACCCAACAGUACCGACACCGACAACGAGCAUUUCGAUGGCAGUAUCACAAAACUGGUUCCAUUGAGAAGUCUCGAGGGAGGAGCCGGAGACGUUGAUGUUUCCAACAUUCGCCAAGAUUUGGAAGAUCGCCUUCCCAGCUACAUGGUCCCUUCUGUAUGGAUCAGUGUCGAGGCCAUCCCAUUGAACAUGAACGGGAAAAUUAAUAGGAAAACUGUCAAUGAAUGGCUGGAAGGACUGGGCCAGCAAACUUAUGAGCUCUUACUCCAAGGUAAUGCAGAUGGGGAUGUUCGCACGCACCCAUCGACCCAGGAGGAGCAAGUCUUGCAAGGCUUGGUCAGCUCGGUCUUGAACCUUCAAAGCCCCAGUCUUGGGCGCUCUUUUCUGAGUCUAGGGGGUGACUCUAUUACUGCCAUGCAGCUCCGAGUCAGGGCUCGAGUACAGGGAAUUAAUCUGACCAUCCAGGAUAUUCUUAAAUCAAAGAGCUUGAUGGCUCUAGCCGCAAGAGCCCAGGCUACCAGUCCCGACUUAGCUACGCACUCGCCGGAGCCUGCUGGAGCGCCAUUUGGACUGUCCCCCAUCCAGAAGCUAUUCUUUAACACAGCUCAGUCAACAAAACACUUCACCCAGAGCUUUGUCUUGAGGAUAAACCAAAAAGUAACAGCACAGCACCUCCAGACAGCCAUCGGAUCUCUCGUGUCCCGCCAUUCAAUGCUGCGUGCUCGAUUUAGCCAGGCUUCCGACGGUACAUGGGUUCAAACGAUCAUAUCUGAGAUUGAAGGGUCAUACAGCUUCCGAGUGGACGAGGUCAAUGGACGGAGCCAGGUGCCUCAAAUCCUGGAGAAACGCAACGAUCUUGACAUGGAUAUUCGAAACGGGCCUCUUUUUGCUGCCCACCUGUUCCAAAUCACCCAAGAGAAGAACGAGCAGUUACUAUUUAUCGGUGCUCACCACCUGGUAAUCGAUUUGGUAUCAUGGCGGAUUAUAUUGAAUGAUCUCCAAGAACUUCUUACCACCGGAACCUUGUCGUCGGCGCCCCCGCUUUCCUUCCAGACGUGGCUGCGUCUACAGCAGGAGCACGCCACGUCACUCAAGACGAAUGAGGUCUUGCCCUUCAAGGCCCCGGCUGCCGAUUUUGUAUACUGGGGAAUGGAGGGUCGGCCUAACGUAUUUGGCGAUGUCACCACAAAAGAUUUCACUUUGGACGAGACCUUAACAACGAAGUUAUUUGGGUCUAGCAACUUGGCGCUCAACACCAAGCCAGUGGACAUUAUCCUGGCCGCCAUCGUUCAUUCGUUCCAUGACGUAUUCUCUGAUCGGCAGAUGCCCCCAGUGUUCUGCGAGGGCCAUGGACGCGAGCCAUGGAACAACGACGUUGAUCCGAAUGGUACUGUGGGCUGGUUCACGACGAUAAGCCCUGUUUACCUAAGUUCGCCUUCGCCGCAAAUUGUCGAAAAUGUGCGAAUGAUCAAAGACCUGCGGCACAAGAUACCUGGUAACGGAAUGCCGUACUUCAGCUCCCGCUUUCUGACAGAAGACGGUCGACAGGAGUUCGGAGAUGAUUCUCGCCUCGAGCUGUUAUUCAACUACCUGGGACAGUAUCAACAGUUGGAAACGAAGGAUGCAUUCUUCAGCCAGGUUGAUUUGGCCGGAGAUUCGGCUGCUCUAAAUCAAGUUGGUGGUAAGCUGGAGCGGUUUGCUCUUAUCGACAUAAGCGUGGUUGUCGCUCAUGGUCGGGGCCGCGUCGUCUUUACCUACAACAAGAACAUGAGCCACCAGGACAAGAUCCACCAGUGGAUUACCUUAGCGCAGGACGCCAUAAUUCGGGCUACCGAAACUCUGAACUGCAUGAGCCGGAGGCGGACCGUCAGCGACUUUCCCCUGCUCCCAGGCUUGGACGAGGCGAGGCUGGCCACGGUCGAGAAGACCCUCGCUGAGGGCGGAAUUAAUAUGAACAAUGUGCAAGAUAUCUACCCUUGCACGCCCCUCCAACAACACAUGCUCGCCAGUCAAGAAGAGAGUCCGAAGCGAGGCCUGUACGAAGUCGACGUAUUUCAACAGAUCCUAGCCGGACAAACAGGCCCCUUCAAAGCCGCAAUUGAUGUCAAAUCACUACAGCAGGCGUGGCGAAAGGUAGUGAAUCAUCACGCCAUCAUGCGCACCGUCUUUAUCCCUAGCGCUUCGCGACCUGAUUGCUAUGAUCAAGUCGUACUCUCAUCCUAUGACCCUGACAUUCCCGUCAUCACCUGCGCCGAUGAAGGCGAUCUACGGGACCGCAUCAAGAGCUACAAAUCUCUCGGCAAUCACUCCAGUGCUAGAAAUACUAGCGAGCAGAGACCUCACCAGCGUUUUACGCUCUUCGUCACGGCGGACGGCAGGAAAGUCGCGUGCAAGCUCGAGAUUAGCCACGCGCUCGUGGACGGCAUGUCAACCACAAUCCUGUUCCGCGAUCUGGUCCGCGCGUAUGGCGGACGACUUUCCGCCAAAUCGGGCCCUGCCCCAUACUUUGGUGAUUACGUCGCCUGGCUAGAGAAGCAAAGCACGCCCGCCUCUGUAAGUUACUGGCGCAACUUGCUCGCUAGCUCCUCAUCACGCCUGUUUUGCACCGUGUCCAGACCUCGAGGUGAACAUAGGUCGCUCAACAUUACUCUCAAUCCCGCCCUCAUCGCAGCAAUCCCAAUCUUCUGCCGGCUCCAUGGCGUCACGAUCGCGACCUUCUUCCAGACUGUUUGGGGUCUCGUGCUGCGGCAGUGUGUCAUGCGCUCGGAAGAGGUGCCACUCUUCGGGUACAUGACAGCGAACCGGGACGCCGCAGUACCCGGAGCCGAAGACAUGGUCGGGCCGAUGACGAGCAUGCUGUUAUGUCGGACUAAGUUCGACCCGACCACGCGGGUGGGUGAACUCUUGCGAAGGACACAGGGCGAAGUCUUGGAGGCAAUGCAGCAUCACUCGGGGUUGGCGGAGGCCCUGCAAGAGAUGGAAAUAAAUGAUUCUGAGACCAUUCAGUCGAGAAAUGGGAAAUUGGCGCUUUGCAAUUCCGUCAUGAGCCUGCAGUACUUGGAAGCAGGGCCGAGUAUCGGCGAAGAUCGCAGAGCGGCCACGGCACCACCAAGAAUGAAAAGGGCCGACAAUGCACCACUUCGCAUCAACAACACAAAGAAAAACGCAAAUCUCGUCCCCCGGAAGCCGCGAAAAGAUACACUCCGUAGCGAGGACAAGCAAAUUUCGCUCCGCUUGCUCGGCUACCGCGAUCCGAACGAGUACGACAUGAGCGUGGGAGUGCAGAUCAUAAAUAACGGAAGUGGAAACGGCAAAACCAACAUCGAUAUCAAGGCCGGAUUCGCUUACUGGACAGACGCCUUGAGCGAGGCGGGAGCGAGGCGAAUUGUGAGAGCAUUCCAGAGAUGUGCCGAGGAGCUGAGUGGGAGCAGUGGAUUAAGGGUUUGGAUGGUUCUGAGGAGGCUUGGGUGA